AUGCGGAAUCGGUGCACCUUCAGCUUAAGGAAGCCGAAAGUCCGGCAGUCAUGGAACAAAUACAACCUCUACAAUCUCUACCGCGCCAAACAUCCCCAAACCGCGAAUAGAACCUUCUUCCAGCAGAAAUGGACCGCCAAAGCUAUGGCCCGUGGCUACCACGGCGAGCAGAUCCGCGAAGGCCAGUGGGAGCUCAUGUUCGCCCGCCGCCUGCGCUCCGUCGUGCCAAUGGACGCCAGGUAUCUCGCCCGGAACGACGGCUCACGGGAGUCUGACGGCCGGGGCUCGGGACUGGAGCGGUCGCCGUCGCGCGGCGGCGUGGAGGGAGUCUUUCGCCGCAAGUUGCAGCCCAUCCCGUACAUGCAGAUGACUUUUGCCCCCAUGGAGCGCCGCCUGGAUGUGGCUAUCUUCCGGGCCAUGUUUGCCAGCAGUACGCGGCAGGCCAGGCAGUUUGUGAUUCAUGGGUUUGUGACCGUCAAUGGGAAGAAGAUGAAACAUGCUGGGUAUCUCUUGAAUCCUGGAGAUCUCUUCCAAGUUCAGACUGAAAGAGUCAUGUAUGCCACAGGAGCUCCAAAGGAUGCCCUAGAAAGACGCUCCGGGCGUAUACGACGGCGUGCAGCAAAAGGGGGGGAAGACGGAGACAAGAAGAAGGACCCUGAACUCAAGGAGGAAGAUACAAAGGAGGAGGAGGAGGGAGAGGAGGACCAUCGAGAGGUUCUGAAACGACUUCUCUCGCAGGCUAAGGGCAUUAUGAACGUCAACAAAGACACUCUCCCUGCCAAACGAAGACAAGAUAUCCGGGCUUUCCAGCGCGCCGUUCGCAGAGUCCUUUCUCGCUCAUCAACCAGCACGAUAUUAACAGAGAAUCUCGAAGCCCAGUUCCUAGAGCUCAAAGCUAUUCUCUCAAAAGACGCCGAAUCCGCCCCCUCACCACCACCACCAUCACAACAGACCGAGGACACCCCCUCCAAACAGCCCCAGUCACCCUCACCUCAACCAAAAUCUUCACAAACCGGCGACGCAUCCAUGGACCACCUCAACCAAGCCUUCCGUGAAGCCACUCUCGACCCCUCCAAGCCCCUCGACGCCGCCACCAUCUCAAACCUCUCCGACAACGACCUCGACGUCCUCAAGCAAGCCCUCGUCCAGCUCCGCGACAACCCCAUCGACAGCACGAAGCCGUACGCCACGCCGUGGCGCCCGCGCGACUACAUGAGCCCGUUCGCUUUCAUCCCGCGGUAUCUCGAGGUCAAUCACAAUAUCUGCGCCGCGGUCUACAUCCGCCAUCCGGUUGCGAGACCGGGGCUGGCGGAGGUGCCGACGCCCUUCGGGGAGCAGAUUGGAGGUCCUGCGUUUGUCUGGUACUUGAAGAGGAGAUAA